GCUGUGUCCAACUCAUCAUCAACGUAAUGAUGAGUUCCUCAUUUCCGUCGUCCUUCCUUCUGGAUUGGACACCACACGAUAUUCCUUCCCUAUCAGGAAAAACAGCCCUCAUAACUGGAGCAACAAGUGGUCUCGGUUUUCAAACAGCGCUUGUCCUGGCACUGGCUGGUGCUCACGUGUUUUUGGGUGGGCGAAACUCAACUCAAGGAACAAUAGCGGUUCAACAUAUCAAAAAUAGAAUUAAUCAAACAGAUCAGACCAUUAAAUUUGUCCACAUUGACCACCUCUCGUUUGCCAGCGUUAAGAAAUUUACAACAGAUAUUUUCAACGGAACUCUUGAUAUUUUAGUCAACAAUGCAGGAAUCUAUGGCCCAGAAACAAGACAAUUGAACUCCAUGGAUAAUGAAGAUGAGAUAACACUCAUGUCGAAUUACUUAUCCCACUUCGUCCUAACUGGACAACUCCUCCCGUUCCUUCUAAAAAGCAAUUCGCCACGAGUAGUCAACAUUUCCAGUUUGUUAGCCCUCUUUGGAAAAAUUAGGUUUCAUGAUAUCAACUUAUCCGAAGACUACAGUCACCAUAAUGCAUACUCUCAAGCAAAAUUGGCAAUCCUUCUCUUUACUCGUGAGCUUCAGAAAAGAAGUACUCAGAACGGAUGGGGCCUCACAGUCGUGUCUGCCCAUCCUGGAUUUGUCAAGACGAAUAUGAGCAAAACAUUUGGAGAGAGGGGAGGUCAGUUUAGAAAAUGGUUUUUGAAAAGGGUUAUAUUCCCCGUUUUUCUUAAGGAGAGCGUCGAACAGGGGGCCUGGCCGCACUUGUUUGCCGCAACUUCAAACAGAGUUAAGGAAGGCGGAUAUUAUGGGGCUGGGGGACCAUUUGAGUUGGGGGAUGGGGUUCGUGAGGCGGCAAUGCCUCUUGUGGUAAAUGAUUAUUACUCCUACAAAAUGUGGAAACUAUCGGAGAAAUUGUCAAACUUUACUUGGAUAAAUAUAUAAAUGUUAUGUAGGUAAAAGGUCAUGCUUACUUGGGUAGCGUAAUAAAUAAAUGGAACAAGAUCUACAAUA